UGUUUGACAUUUACUUGUGUAUUCUUUCCAAUUUACAUAUGGCAGGUAGCUUGCAAGGAACUUAGAAAUAGCCGGCUAUUCCUGAAACUUUUGGAAGCUGUACUCAAAACAGGCAACCGUAUGAAUGAUGGUACCUUCAGGGGUGGUGCACAGGCAUUCAAGCUUGACACACUUUUGAAACUGUCUGAUGUCAAAGGAACUGAUGGGAAGACAACUCUCUUGCACUUUGUUGUCCAGGAGAUAAUCCGGUCUGAAGGUGUUCGGGCCGCCCGUAUGGCUCGAGAAAGCAAAAGCAUCUCUAGUGUGAAAUCAGAUGACUUCAUUGAAGAUUCUCCCAAAGAAACAGAAGAACAUUAUCGUAGCAUCGGUCUUCAAGUUGUUUCAGGUCUGGGUGGUGAGCUUGAGAAUGUCAGGAAGGCAGCAGCAUUGGAUGCUGAUAACCUAAUAGGAACAUUGUCCAAGCUUGGUCGUACACUAAUCAGGACGAAGGAGUUUCUGAACUCAGAGAUGAAGAGUUCAGAGGACAGUGGGUUUCACCGCACACUUAAGAGUUUUGUAGAGCAUGCAGAGAUUGACAUAACGUGGCUGCUGGAGGAAGAAAAAAGGAUAAUGGCACUGGUGAAAAAUACUGCCGAUUACUUUCAUGGUAAAGCAGGGAAAGAUGAGGGCUUACGCUUGUUUGUGAUUGUUCGGGAUUUUCUCAUCAUGUUGGAUAAGGUAUGCAAGGAGGUGAGGGAAUCAACAAUGAAACCAGCAAAGAUGCCAGGAAAUAGGGAAGUCUCAAAUGCCCAAUCUUCUCCAGACUCCCGUCAACCACCUCCAGACCUACGUCAGCGGCUUUUUCCAGCAAUCACAGACAGACGGAUAGACAAUUCCAGUUCAGAUGAGGAGUGAGGAGGGUGCUUCUCCUUAGUUUUCAUUUGCAGAAGGCAUUUGGAAAGGUGGCUUUGUAACUUGGCAAAUGUUAUUCCAGAUAACCUUGGAAUCACAGAUGGAGAUCUAGCUUGCAGAAACUUGUCAAAUUCCAAAUUCGGUCCUUGAAUCUUCUUGCAGCAGAUGAUGAAGGUCGACUCUGGACUUCUGGAGAACUGGUUUGAGAAAGAGUUGGUGAUACGACUGAAGUAUAUGACACCCAACUUUAACUACUAAGAAGUGGCCAUGAUUUAAUUUGUAGUGGUCCUAGUGAACGGAGGGUGUAGAGUAGGCGUUCGGUCCAUAAUUUAAUUUGUAAUGGCUUCUUAUAGGGGGGCCAGAUGUGCAUGAUAAGUUAGAGGUGACGAUUUGUUUUUGUUUUAUAUUUUUUUUUUCAUUUUUUCAUUUUUUGACUUUUGAAAAAGGUGAACCAAGUGCGGUUCCUUUGAAGCGUAGAAGUUGUUCCAUUUCUAGUUCUCUUAAUUGAGAAAAAUUCUUUUA